GCGACGCCGAGUUUCACUCUGGCUGCCUCCUCAGAGUCGGAGCUUCAGCGGGAGCGGUGCCCAGGCCGAAUCCCGGCUGUAGCCCGAGCGCGGCGGUGCCCUCAGCCUGCCCCCCUCGCCUUCCUCAGCCUCGGUGCCUUGGAAUUUGUGUUGCCGAGUCAGCAAGACUUUCGGAUUUGCUCGGCUUUUGUUGUUUGUGUUUCAUAUCAAGAUGGGAACUCGAACAAGUCAUUCCUCCUGAGGAUCUGGUGUCACCAUCCAGAAGGGACAGUGUGUGCCAGCUCUCCAGAGAGAAGAGGUCUACUGGAAGCACUGGGCAAUGAACCCGAGACUCCAGCCCAGAGUGGUCUGAAACCAUUUGGGAAAGAAGAGGGAGUCCUAGGGAAGAUGGCCAUGGCCCCAGGCCCUUCCCUGGCUCAGGUGUACACCAGCCCCGUGGCAGUGGCUGUGUGGGAAUGGCAGGACGGGCUGGGCACCUGGCACCCCUACAGUGCCACCGUCUGCAGCUACAUCGAGCAGCAGUUUGUCCAGCAGAAGGGCCAGCGCUUUGGGCUGGGGAGUCUGGCCCAGAGCAUCCCCUUAGGCCAAGCUGACCCCUUGCUGGCCCCUUACAUCAUUGACCUCCCCAGCUGGACCCAGUUCCGCCAGGACACUGGCACCAUGCGGGCUGUGCGGAGGCAUCUGUUCCCCCAGCAUUCAGCCCCGGGACGGGGCAUCGUCUGGGAGUGGCUGAGUGACGAUGGCUCCUGGACGGCAUAUGAAGCCAGUGUCUGUGACUUCCUGGAGCAACAGGUGGCCAGGGGCAACCAGCUCGUGGACUUAGCUCCCCUGGGGUACAACUAUACCGUCAACUACGCCACCUACACGCAGACCAACAAGACUUCGAGCUUCUGCCGUAAAGUGCGGCGUCAAGCGGGACCCCCAUAUCCGGUGACCACCAUCAUUGCCCCACCAGGCCACACGGGAGUCGCCUGCUCUUGCCAUCAGUGCCUCAACGGCAGUGGAACCGGCCCCGUGUCGGGCCGCUACCGCCACUCCAUGACCAACCUCCCUGCUUACCCUGUCCCCCAGCCUCCCCACAGGACCGCCAUUGUAUUUGGGGCCCACCAGGCCUUUGCCCCAUACAAUAAGCCCUCACUCUCUGGGGCUAGGUCUGCACCCAGGCUGAACACCACCAAUCCCUGGGGUGUGGCACCACCCUCCUUGGGGAACCAGCCCGUCUACCGCUCCAGCCUCUCCCACCUGGGACCACAGCACCAGCCCUCAGGAUUGCCCACUGCCAGUGGAGUCAGUGCCUCCCUCCCCAGCGGCCCUGCCAGCAGCCCCGGGAGCGUCCCCGCCGCUGUGCCCGUGCAGAUGCCGAAGCCCAGCCGGGUCCAGCAAGCCCUUGCAGGCAUGACGAGUAUUCUGAUGUCAGCCAUUGGACUCCCUGUGUGUCUUAGCCGCGCACCCCAGCCCGCCAGCCCUCCCGCCUCCUGUCUGGCCUCUAAAAGUCACAGCUCAGUUAAGAGAUUGAGGAAAAUGUCCAUGAAAGGAGGUACUCCAAAGCCUGAGCCAGAACAGGUGAUAAAAAACUAUACCGAAGAGCUGAAGACAGCCCCAGAUGAGGACUGCAUCAUCUGUAUGGAGAAACUGUCUGUGGUGUCUGGGUACAGCGAUGUGACCAACAGCAAGACCAUUGGGCCGGUGGCUGUGGGCCGCCUCGUCAAAUGCAGCCACACCUUCCACCUGCUGUGCCUGCUGGCCAUGUACUGCAAUGGCAACAAGGACGGGAGUUUGCAGUGUCCUUCCUGCAAAACCAUCUAUGGAGAGAAAACCGGGACCCAGCCCCAUGGGAAGAUGGAGGUGUUCAAGUUCCAGAUGUCCCUCCCUGGCCACGAGGACUGUGGGACAAUACUUAUAGUUUACAACAUUCCUCACGGCAUCCAGGGCCCAGAGCACCCCAACCCUGGGAAGCCAUUUACUGCCAGAGGCUUUCCCCGCCAGUGCUACCUUCCAGACAAUGCCCAGGGCCGCAAGGUCCUGGAGCUGCUGAAGGUGGCCUGGAAGAGGCGACUUAUCUUCACGGUAGGGACAUCCAGCACCACGGGAGAGACUGACACAGUGGUGUGGAACGAGAUCCACCACAAGACGGAGAUGGACCGCAAUGUGACAGGCCAUGGCUACCCCGACCCCAACUACCUGCAGAACGUGCUGGCUGAGCUGGCUGCCCAGGGGGUGACCGAGGACUGCCUGGAGCAGCAGUGAGCCCCCGGCCUGGCCGGCCCCAUCCCUGCCCUGCCUCUGGCAGCCAGCAACCCUCUCUCCCCGCUGCCGGCUGGGCUGCCCCUGGGAUGGGCAGGCUGGAAGGUGCCUUUCCUCAGAGGCCGUGAGGUUUGUGGGGGCCCGCCUUCCGCCCCCAUCCUCCCCUCCAGGCCCGGAUCUACAGGGGAAUUGGGCAGGCCUGGGGAGUUAUACUUGUGAGGGCUUAAGAUGCAGCUACCUCAGUGCGCGGGGGGCCCUGUGCCCUUGGCAGGCUGCUUCGUGUCCGUGGUGCCAGGGGCCUGGCGUGGGGUGAGGCGAGACUGCCCCAUCCCCCAUUGUAGCCAGGGCAGGCAUGGGUUCUGGGUCAGCUUCUCAUACCUCAGAUGUUCUGUUUGCAAUAAAUGCCCUAUAGCCAAAGUCA